AGGCACUUGUUGGCGAUUAAUCUAUCAAAUAGUCUUAUCGAUUUUUCCCUAAGUCUAUUGUGAAUUGGACGAUUGAAUUUUCCACAGACAGACACUUACUGUGCAUUUGCAAGGAAAAAAAGAUGUUGACGCAAUCAAUCCUGAAAGGCGCGCGUGUGCUGCGCACCGAGGCUCGUCGCAACAUUGCCAUCCUGGCGCCAGCACUUAACAAGGCGUCCGAUCCCAUCCAGCAGCUGUUCUUGGACAAAGUGCGCGAGUACAAGCAGAAGAGCGCUGGCGGCAAAAUUGUCGACUCCAAUCCCGAAAUUGAGCGCGAGAUUAAAAACGAGCUGGAUCGUGUUGCCAAGCAAUUCGGCAGCGAUGGCAAGACCGACAUGCUGAAGUUCCCCGAGUUCAAAUUUCCCGAUGUUAAGAUCGAUCCUAUUUCACAAGGCACCGCCACCAAUUAAGAACUUUUCGUUUAAUGAAGUUAAAAUUGUUUUAAGUUUUCCUAUCACACAACAACAGCAACAACAACAGCCAGAGCGGAGCUACCAAGUAAUUGCGUGUUAAAAUAAAAUAAAAACAAUAUAAAUUACAUAGAA